AUGGCAAAGGUCAACAAUGAGAACCUCGUAUUCUAUCCCGCGUUCUGCUUCAAGGCGUCACCAACGCACUUUACCUGGGUGAAAAUGGGCGCGGCCGAUGUGCACCGUCUCCGAAAAUCAAGUGACUUUGUGGGACAAAACAUCUUCUUCUACAACAACCAUCCGAUCCAAUUCGUCAGCCUAGUAGGCAUCAUAGUGGCGCGAACUGAUAUCCCACGACGCACAAUCCUAACACUAGACGACAGCAGCGGUGCAACAAUCGACAUUGCAGUACUUAAACAGACCUCACCAGAACCCAGCAGUACUAUCCAAAUAUCCCAAACCAAUAGCCAAGAAGAGGCAGCAUGGUCUUCAUUCUCCCUCACAGCGCCAACAGCCACCAGUCUCACCCACGAAACACACUUAACCUCCAAAGACCACGAUGAGAUAGACAUCUCAGCUCUGCAACCAGGGACACUAGUCCGUGUAAAGGGGACACUGUCAACCUUCCGCUGGCAGAUGCAGUUACAUCUCGAACGAUUCUGGCUCGUGCGCGAUACGAACGCCGAAAUGCAGUUUUUGGAUACCCGGCUGCGGUUUCUAAUUGAGGUGUUGUCUGUGCCGUGGGUGCUGACUGAAAAGGAGAUUGAAACUCUGCGUGGUGAUGCUGAGAGGUGUGAUGAGCGUGCGUUGGAAGAUAGGAGGCGUGCGGAGAGGAUUGCAAGGAAGAGGAUUGAGCGGGAGGAGAGGCAUGCCAGAGCUAUUGUACGUCGAUAUGAAAAGGAGGAGUAUGAGAGGGAGAGGGAGCUUAUUAAAAUUAGAGAGGAUGGGGAGAGGGUUAUGAGGAAAUUUGGGUUUGGGGAUGCAGAGUGA